GCGGCGACUGGCCCCCAAGCACAGCCACGAACGACGAAAGAAAGCCUGACUGACUCCUCAUCCCACAUCCACAUCCGAUCCGCGUCGUACUCGAAAUAUCUCCAGAGUGUCUUUGCCGCACACGAGGGGGCGGCUUUCUGCAGCGUGCCUCGAUCCGAACAUACCACCAUCCCGCACCGGUACCACCACUCAUUUCAGAGCCCGUCUUUGAACCCAACAAGCCAGCAAUGGUCUUCCUAGGCCGUCCGUCAGAGGCGUGUGGCCCCUGUCGCGAGGGAAGACUCAGGUGCGACCGCCUGCAGCCCGGAUGCACCCAGUGUUCCCGCAAGCAAAUAACCUGUCCCGGGUACAGGGAUCCUUCGGAAUUUUACUUCAGAGACGAGACCGCCAACGCCGCCUUCAAAGUCCAGAAUAGGAAACCCAGGAGGCGUUUGCCGGCCAAGACAAGGCAGAGGACGAAGACGCAAGCCGGGGAAGAGUCGCAAGAACAGCAGCAGCAGCAGCAGCAGCAGUCGCACUGCGUAAGCUCAGGCACGGAGUCGGCGACAGCGUCAGCAUCAGUAACAACCAAGAUCAAAACUACGCAGCUUGUUGGAUCCGUAAUCAAGCCCGACGACGGCUCUUCGAAAGCACCGGCCGCCGCCAAAACAACCCGAGAACAUGCCGUCGUUCGCUAUCGGGCUCUCUCACAACCCCUUGGCGAUCUGGCACGCGCAUAUUUCAUGACGGACUACAUAGCCUCUUCGCCCUUUGAUUACCUCCCUGAACUCUGCCCUCAUGGAUUAACGGGCAACAACGCCAUGUCGGCGUCGUUACUGGCAACCUCCUUCGCCAGCCUGUCGCUCAAGAUGUCCGACCCCAGGAUGAUGAAGCAGGCCAGGGUCCAAUACGCCAACGCCUUGUCCCAGACAAACCAGGCCCUGAGCUCGCCGAAACUCGCCGUCGAGGACAGCACGCUGGCGGCCGUGCUGCUGCUGGGACUGUUCGAGGCCAUGGUGUUUUCUGGGCAGCAGUCUCUCGACAGCUGGAACCUCCAUACGCUCGGCUCCAUCGAGCUCCUCCGCCUGCGUGGGGCCCGUCAGUUCGAGACACCUCUUGGCCGCAAGCUCUUCUUCCACUUGAGCAGCAACAUCCGCACGUGCUGCGCGCACAGCAAGACGCCCGUCCCGCUCCGGUUUCUGAAGAUUUACGAGGGCGCCAGGCCGUACCUCGACCUAGGCGACCCUUUCCUUGAGAUGACGGAAAUCGUCGACCGAGUUGCUACUCUGCGGUCGAGAAUCGCUCAUCUCGAAGACCCUCAGAGACACGAGGUCCUCUUCGAGGCAUUAGGCUUGGAUGCGGCGACUGCGAGGCUCGGUCAGGAAGUUCCGGAAGAAUGGAGGUUCUGCGCAAGGCUACCCGGCGAGAGGUCCCCCAUGUCGUACAAGGGCAUGUCUUUUCGCUAUCCCUCGCUUCGGGUUCUACGGUACUGGAACUCGCUGAGGAUGAUCCGGAUGUUCCUCAACGACGUCAUAUGGAUGCAGGCAUCUCUGAUGCUUGACCGAGGGCCUGAUCCCGAUGACGAGACGGACUACGAAGGGCUUCAGAGGUCUGCCAACAGAAAGAUGUCGACUCUCGUUGUCGAGGUUCUGGGCAGCUGUGGGGAGUAUCUCGAGUUCUCCGAGGACCGGUUCUCUGUUGCGGCAAGGUGCCUGAUCUGGCCGCUUUCGGUCAUCGCCGAGCUCUCCUUAACGCCUCCCGAUGCUCGGCUGUUUGCUCUCGAAUGCCUAGACCAGCUGAGUCGUGACAACCGGAUCCCACACCUAGUUGCAGAGGCAACCGAGCUGACGGGCGUUCAGUCGAGCUGGUAAGUCGAGCUCCAUCCCUGCCCCUUCAUCCACUGCCACUGUGUCAUUGUUGUUGAGUUUGCGCCCAGGCUUCAUCUGUAUCAUCUCUUAUAAGAGUUUUAGCACACCAUUGCUUGCUUUAUUGAUACACCACUCACACCAUUACUAGACCCUCGUCCGCAGCAAUAAGAUGUCAAAAAAAUUUCAAAAAAACCCCCGGGCUAGCACAACAAUCUCCCUAAGAUAUAUAUCUCUCUCUUAUGUAUACACACACCAUCACGCUGGGCUUUCGACAACCUCAUUUCACGGGUAUCCCCAAGGUUUCGGGCCUGCUGCAUCAGGAGCGAAGGAGUGUGUGCCCCCAUGCCCGUUUCCCCCGUAGACGCUCUGCUGUGCCACCGCAUGAACGGUUGUCGGUGCCGUGGCGGCGUUCCUGCGCUUCUUCCUGAUCUGGAAAUACAAAGUCAGAGCUGCGAUCAACAUGCUCGGUAUUCCGACACCCAGACUCGCUGCCAGGGCCACGAUAUCCGAUCUGCUCAGUCCGCUGUCUCCUCCGGCCGCUGCUGUCGUCUGCUGCGUAUCUGCCGCGGACGUUCCGCUCGUCCCAGAACCCGAAGUCUGUGCCGGCCGGCCGUCGGUUGGUGAUUUCGCAACGCUUGAGGCCGUCGGGGAAGAUGCUUUUCCGUCAGCUGUCGUUGUCGUCGCCGGCGUGCCGUCCACUGCGGCGUUUGCGGUCGCGCAGUAUGAGUCGUACAGGUUGAGCAUGCUCGUCAGAUCGACCGACCAGUUGUCGACCUUGCUGCAUCCUUUGCUGACGCACGAGGAGAUGUAAGACGUCGCUGAGCUGGCGAGAGCCGUGUUGCAGUAGCAGCCGUUGAUCGACUGGCAGCCACACUGAAGGGCGACCCCGAGAUCCUGAUAACCGGCGUUGACACCACACACCCAGAUGCCAUUAUGCACAAGGCAACCAGCUGCGCAUGCCCUCGCUGUAGAAUAGGCCAACUCAGAGUGGAGGCUGACUGGCGCGAGAGCACCGACCGUCGUUUUCGCAACUGAGCCGAGAGGGAAGAACAGAAAGGAACUGAUCGUGAUGGCCCAGAACAACAAUGGACUCCGGAAGGUGGUCGAGAACAUCGUGGGCGAUGUCUUCAGGUCGUGACGAUGCACAAUAUUCGGCUGUGUGUUUCUCGACGUGGCCAACGACAAUUGAACAACUCGAGGUUCAGGUGGUGGCAGGGGGGCAGGAGACUGAUCUCCAAGUUCAAAAGGAGCAGAUAAAAGGGAGAAGAAGUUUGGGUCAAAAAGUCGUCCUCAGCAAGACAAGCCCCAAGCAUCUUCAUCACUCCCGGCUCUGUGGCGUCUUUCCUGCUACACCAAAAGAUGUUCCGGUAGGGCUGAGAUGUCCAAGUCCAAUGAGGUGGCGGGACGUUGCUGGAUCGUGGCGUUGGCUAGUCCUAUUUUAGCCGUACCCCGAAAAUGCGCAGUGCCUUUGAGAAGCGGCUGAAUGUUGUGAUACCUAAACAAUGGCAUCCCUUGAAUGAUGGCUGUUUGACCGUACGCGUGGAAAUUACCGUCAAAGAGCCGGGUUUGGGAGCCACGCAUAGCACUCGACAAGCCGUGGCGCAGGACGAGGCAGGACUUUAGCCGUGGAUCCAAGUAGCAGACCCCCUGAGCGUCGAGAGUCGCUGCUCAGAAUUCCAGCCUACCGACAAAGUGUUGACUUCACAAAUGUCAAGCACUUUACCAAAUGUCUGUAUAGCGUUGUCGGAAGACUCGUCAAGUCGACUCUCGGUGUUUCCUUUGUUGGCAAGGUGAAUCUCUACAUAGUUCCUCAUCAGGCAUGGUUGGAUAGGAUAUAAUGUGUGUCCAGAUUGAAUCAUUAUGGGUCUCCUCUAUCUCUGGUCCAAAACCCAGCAGUCUUGAUUCCACAGUUGAUACUUUGACGUACAUGGG